AUGUUGAUGGCCACCGGCAAAGCCUUCUCCGACAUGAAGAACCCCAUCCCCAUGCUCCAGGUUGGCCAGCCAGGUGACAAGGGAACCGUCGAGAUGUCCGACAUCAUCGUCACCACCAAGGGCCCUGCACCCGGCUGCAUCCUCGUGGAGUGGAACGUCGCUGAACAGACCCAGGGCUCCGUCGGUAUGUGGGAUGUUCACUUCAGAGUCGGCGGUUUCGCCGGAACGGAGCUGCAGAGCAACACCUGCGCCAAGACGCCCAACUCCAAGACUACCCCCGAUCCAAAGUGCUUUGGCGCCUUCAUGCUCCUGCACAUCACCAAGACGGCCUCUGCCUACCUCGAGAACACCUGGUUGUGGGUGUCGGAUCACGAACUCGACCUCUCUGACCAUGGCCAGAUCAACAUCUACAAUGGACGAGGUGCCUUGAUCGAGAGCUCCGGCGCCGUCUGGAUGUACGGCACCGCCUCGGAGCACAACACUCUAUACAACUACCAGAUUCAGAACGCAAAGAACGUCUACAUGGCUUUGAUCCAGACUGAGACUCCAUACUACCAAUCUAACCCAGAUGCCCUUGUCCCCUUUGCUCCGGACUCCAAAUACAACGACCCAACCUUUGGCGACUGCACAACUGCCGCCUGCAAGAAAGCGUGGGGUCUCCGCAUUCUAAAUUCCACUGACGUCUUCCUCUUCGGAGGCGGUCUCUACAGCUUCUUCGAGAACUACGCCCAAGACUGCCUCAGGACUGAAUCCUGCCAGCUCAACAUGAUCGAAGUGCUUUGCUCUCAAACUUAUCUGUACGGUGUUAGUACCAAAGCUAGCACCAACAUGAUCACUUCCGGAGGCAAGGGGCUGGUUCCUCAGAAGGAGAAUAGGAGUAACUUCUGCUCUACCGUGGCUCUCUUCCACCAAGGAACGCUUUAG